AUGGAUUCAACGCAAACACCACCCCGGCUCUUAUUCCGAAAGAACGGACGGCCGCAGGCAUGUGAGCCGUGCCGGAAACGCAAAGUCGCCUGCGAUCACGCACAACCCAUAUGCAAUAGAUGCAGAAAGUCGAAGCGUCCCGGUGAGGUGUGCGAGUACAUCCUCGGCGACGGUCCAGCGGCCUCAAGAGAAGCUCCGAGACAGACUCGGCUCGGGGAGCAACGGCGUGCUUCAAGGGCGCCGUCCUUUCCCCUGACUUCGACAUAUCAGUCUACAGCAACAACCGCAUCUCAACCCGGUCCGGCGCCCGCGGCGAUUUCGCGGACGGCGUCAACGGCUACGGCCACAACAUCGCCCGCGACAUCCACGACCAGGCACCGCCCCUCCAUCCCCGCAAGCCUCCCUACCAGCCCGGACUCGGUCAGCACGGGAGCCACCCCGGCAGUCACACCAGCAGUCCUCGGCAUCGGCUACCUCGGCUUUACCUCCUUCUGCGGUAUCUACGAAGAGACCCGGUCCAGCUUGAAGCAGCUCCAGCCGUGCGGCGCGGCCCCCAUCGGCGAGAUCGGGAGCGCCGCCUACUAUGGGCUCGAAUGCUCCCCGCCCCUGACGAGCCAGGCGCUGGAGACGUGCCUGACUAUUUUCCGCCACAUCCCGGAUCGCGAGACGGGGCUUAAGCUGUUUGAGAGCCAUAAGAACCCGAGCGACGGGUGGAUCCGCGUGGCUGCAAAACGCAUGAUUGUAUCGCUGUACGACACGUUUCCGCAGUACUUUGAGGCCUCCUCCUCCUCCUCCUCCUCCGAACAUGGACGCCCAGAUGAUGCUCAGCUCACCGCGCUCGCCCGCACCGUCUGCGGAAAUACUGCAAAGCGCGUGUCUGAGGAGGAGUCUGACCCGGCCAAGUGGCUGGCGCAGUUCACCGGCACCAACUUGCGGUGGGAGUCACUGGGAGUGAUGUUUGCAUACUGGGAGCUGGCGGCUCGUUAUCUCGGGCCGUACCGGCCGGACGUCGGUUCCCGGUUCCAGUGUGUGGAAGAGGGAACAAAGUUGGUAAUGCAGUAUAGAUACUGCCUCGGCGCUUGUAUAGAGUUGACCAAGGCUGCUGGUAGCGGAGGGAACACGCUGCUCCUUUUCAUGUGUUCGAAGCGAACCAUUAUCGAGUCGCUCUUCUCGGGCGAUGCUAGCUUCGCCUGUUGGCAGCUCCACGCAGAAACAGUAGCCCUUUCCACGUUCCUAGGCUUCCAUGACGAGGUCGCGGCGGCGCCGGGAGCAGCCUACAAGCCGACCAUCUGCUCCGAGAUCAAGCGCAAGCUCUUCUGCUACAUCUUUUACGUGGACAAGGUCCUAGCCUCGUUCGCCGGCCGACCGCCCCUCAUCAGCCGCCGAUACGCGCGCACGCCGCCGCCCCUGGACCUGAAGGACGACCACCUCCUCUCCGACGAGGCCUCGCUGGCGCGCCACGUGGCUGCGCUCGACGCGAACGGGUGGAACACCGAAGGUGGGCUCUACUCGACCACCAUCGUCCGGGCCCGGGUGAUGCUGGCCCAUAUCCGAGACGAAUUAUUCGAGAUUGCGCUCGGCCAGGGUUCCGUGACGCUGGUGGAAACGUUGUUAGAAAUCAAAGAACGACAACUCCGGACCGUUGCUGGGUUCCCUGAGAUUAUGACUUUCAAAGAAGAGGACAUCCAAAACAGGAACCUCGAGGUUUCGUUGCUGUACACUCGACUUAUCAUAAAGCUGGAGCACCUCCAAAACAUGUUCUUCAUCGAACGGCUGCUUGCAAAAAGAGGCCACGACGACGGCGCCUUACUUUCCGUGAGCUUUGAGAUGGUUUCCAAAACCCUCAUGUUCUGGACCAAUAUGGACCGCCUGUCUUGCAUGAACGGAGACUUUGAAUGGCUUGUGAUGGCCUACGCGGCCCCGGGAGGCGGCAUCCUCUGCCUCGAGCUCCUGAAGCCCACGCUCCACGGCGGCCACCACCCGCAGAACCCAAAAGUGUCGCGGUCGAGCAUCAUCCAGAAGCUGAGCCUACUCGUCGGGUUCCUGGACUGGGUAAGCCCCACGGCGCCCAACGGCGACCUCUGCGCAGACUGCAAGGUCAUCAUCCAGCGCGUCCUCGACCAGGCGCUCAACAGCCCCCCGGCGUCGGCCUCCUCCGCCGAAGACGGCGCGAUGCCCGGGAUGUUGGAUAUCCCAAUGGACUGGGAUUUCUCCACGCAGCUUGAUUUCAACUUUGAUUUGCUUGAUACGUUUGAUUGGUUGCGUCCGGAGAUAUCUUCAAGUCAGCAGUCGUCGUAG